UAUUCGAUGUUGUACUGAGUUGAUAAAGGUAAAAUGUGUACAAUCUAUUUUAGUAGCUGGCUAUAUCAACAAACGAAAAGUGAAAGGAAAAACAUCUUCUAGAUUAUAUUAUUUACACUAAACAAUCUAGACAAAUAUCCUUCUUGCCAUUAAGUCUUACAUUAUAGAUGUAAAGAGCAGUGAAUUCCUAAGACUUGCAUACAUAUAUAUAGAACAAUAAGUUUACUAUUAUAUGUUAUUGCAUCAUAAAUUAGAAUUAGUACAAGAUUAUAAUUGUCAUACCGAUACAUGGAGAAUUGGAUAUAUAUGAUAAUUUAUCAAACCGUUUCGUAAUCGGAACUGAUCAAAUCUAUUGCUGACUUUUCCAGUUGUCAGAUUUAUUUACCAUCUCGUGAGAUUGGAAAAGAUUCAAAUAACGGCAUAUUGGAACGUUAUUACCGAUUUAUUUUCAGCAAAUGUGAAAAUAGUUUUUUAUGUAGUUAUAUUAUGCUUUUAUAGAAAAAAAAAACCAAAACAUUCAGAUAUAAAAAACCAACCGCCAUUUCUAAAGUUUUAUUGUGUUUUUGUUGUAUAACACUAUUUUCCACAUGGGAUCAUUUUUUUGUCUACAAGAACAAACCGACGCAUUGUACUUAUUCACAAGAGAGAAGCUUUUUGAAUUUAUAAUUUCCGUUUUGAUUGAUGUUUGAUUGCCAAAGAUUCAUGCAAUUUGGAGUGAUGAAAUGUAAAGCGUAGUUUUUUUAUUAUGUACAUGUGUUGCUGUUAGUGUAAGUGGAAGAAAACUUAUAUUUAUGCAUGUUUUCUUCAAUAAAAUCCUCACAUCAAAGGUCGCAUAAAAUAUAUAUUAUGCUCUAAAAUCCUUCCAUUUUGAAUUUUUAGAAACUCGGAUCUGAAUCGGUACUAUUUUGAUGAAAUGUUUUCUGAAACUACGGAUUGACGAAGAGAACGGAAAUGCAUCUCUUGGGAUUUUCAAGAGGCUGUUACAUAUUAUGUUAACCUUUGGUGAAGGUCUUGUUUUUAAGAUGACAAGUAUUGCUUACAGCUUUAUGAACAAUAAAAGUACCGGAUAUAACAAUGAUAGUGAAAAUAGCAGACGGUGUACAGAAGUAUUUUCCGGAAGUAAGAAUCGUAGUGUUAGCGUUAGUGACGUCACAUCAAGAGGUGGGACAUUCCCAAAACAAAAUAGAAGGAGAUCAUCAAAACAUCGGCGGCAUCCCAUAAAGGCAAAAGUACAGAUCUGUGUACAAUUUUUUAAAGUUGGUGAGAUCGACACUUUGAAGGAGCAAUUUACGGCAGACGUUAUCGUAAAAGCAAAAUGGCGGGAACCUACACUAGACGGUCAAAACAAGUCGGCAGAAAAUGUAGAUUUCUCCAAGAUCUGGAAUCCGAAAUUGUAUAUAGAAAAUUCAUACGGCGAUCCUAAAGAGCAGAUGCGGUAUCGUAUACUCUAUAAUGAUAAAGGGGAAGCUUAUAUAUCAGAGAAAAGGGUCAUAAAAGGAACGUUCAUGGAAAAUCUAGAAUUGGACGACUUCCCUUUUGAUGUGCAGGAUCUGACGGUGACGGUAGUUUCCGAGUUACCGUCGUACGAAGUGGAAUUAAUAGAAGAUGAAACCGACCACCAUGUGGUUAACAGACAAUCAUUUGUUGAUGAACAAGAGUGGUUUUUAUACAUGCACACUGAAUGUUCUCGGAAAGAUAUAGUGAUAGAUCAGGCGGACAAUAGUAUAAGACGGUCUGCUCUAUCAGUUAAGUGUAGAGCAGCUCGAAGACCGGGUUAUUUUGUGUGGAAUAUAUUUAUGGUUACGUUCCUGAUCUGUACCUUAUCCUUCGCAACAUUCUCAGUACAAAAAGAAAAGCCAGAAAAUCGUCUGCAGCUUUCGUUUACUCUAAUCCUGACCGCUGUAGCGUUCAAAUCAGUUGUAAACAAUAGUUUACCAAGAAUAUCGUAUUUGACAUAUAUGGAUAAAUAUUUGUUGGCAGCUAUGAUAAUGUUGACAGUAGUGUGCUGUUGGCAUGCUAUAGUGACCACACUACCAGAUGCGUCACGUGACAUUGUUGAAAUUUACGUUUUGUCAAUCCUUGCUGUGAUAUACUUUAUAUAUAAUAUUGGAUUUUUAAUUGUGAUAUAUUUAUUUCCAUGGCGAAAGCGACGGACAAUGGUACAAAAAGACAGGGAUUACAGGGAGGAUCCUCCAACAGGACAGAGCUUCCUUAUGAAUGCUCUUAGUAAUGCAAGUACUUCAAGUUCAUCACACUCAAACAUACAUAGCAAGGAAGGGCUUCUAUUCAACUCAAAAUUUUGAAUGGCGAUGUCGUUUGUACACAAUGUGAUGAACUCAGAGGAUCCAAUGACACAAGAAAUAGAGGAUGAACUACUUUAAACUACUUGACCAAUCGAGAAAGCAAUGAAUAUGUUUUUGGCUUUAACCAAAUUAUUAUCAACAACUAACGUAUGAUCGUCAAGCUUUGGAACAAAUGUCAAGUCAAAGUUUAAGAUUUAAUUUCUGAUCCAUAUACCGAUUGCAGUUAAAACCAGAUCCAUAUACCGAGUCAAGUCAAAACCAGAACUGCAUACCAGAUCUAUAUAGCGAUUCCAGUUAAAACAAGAUCAAUAUACAUAUUGCAGUUAAAACUAGAUUAAUAUACCAACUCCAAUUAAAACCAGAUCUUUAUUCCGUGUUAAGUUGAAACCAGAUAUAUAUACGGUUAUACCGAGUCCAGUUAAAACCAGAUCAAUAUACAGAGACCAGUUAAAAAUCGAUAUACUUACCGAAUUAACUCAAAACCAGUACUCCCUGAUUUAUUGAAAUGGUUAAAAUGUCCCACAAACUUCUUUUCAAAUAAGUUUACAAUAAUUUUAAUUUUUGACAUGAAUGCUCCAAAAUUGAAUAAAGAAAAAAUCAAAAAAUAUAAUCGAAUCUAAAGGUAGAAGAUGAGAAUUUAAAAACAAUUUUAACCGUAUUAGUUAUUGUAAAAGAGCAUUAUUGUUGUCAAUAUAUUGUUAAUGUAAUAGAGCAUUUCAGAGAUGGUGUUAUGAAUUUCUGAUUGGUCUUUUAUAUGCAUCAGAUGAUCAAAUAAAGUCAAUCUUAUUCUUUAUCAUGAAA